GGUAAUUCAUCCGCGCGAUCCUGGAGAGGAACAAAAUCCAAGAUGCUAAGAAGACAGGCAAGGCUUAGGAGAGAGUACCUUUAUCGGAAGUCCACUGAGGACAAGGAACGAGUCACUUAUGAAAGGAAGAAGAAAUUGAAGACUGCUUUGGAAGAGGGAAAGCCAAUUCCAACUGAAUUGAGGAAGGAUGAAGCUGCCCUAAGAAAGGCCAUCGAAUUUGAUGAUGAGAAACAUGAAGAGACUGGCUCUCACCAGGAUGAUGAGUAUGCCUGGGCAGGAGUUAGAGAUCCCAAGAUAAUGAUAACAACAUCCCACAGUCCAAGCUCAAGGCUAAAACAGUUUGCGAAGGAACUACGCUUGAUAUUUCCUAACAGCCAGCGUUUGAAUCGUGGUAACUAUGUGAUAAGUCAACUGAUUCAAGCUUGUAGAGCUAAUGAGGUUACAGACUUGAUAUUGGUUCAUGAACACAGAGGAGAACCAGAUGGUCUGGUUGUUUGCCAUCUUCCAUUUGGCCCAACGGCUUACUUCACAUUAUCAAAUACAGUCAUGAGACACGACAUUCCUAAAAUUGGUACGAUGUCAGAAGCGUACCCACACUUGAUUUUUCAUAACUUCAAUUCAAAACUUGGAGAAAGGGUCAAAAAUAUUCUAAAGUAUUUGUAUCCAGUUCCUAAAGAUGAGAGCAGAAGAGUGAUCACAUUUGCAAACCAAGAGGACUACAUUUCAUUCAGACACCACACAUACAAGAAAGUCGAUGGGCAGGUUGAGUUAUCAGAAGUAGGGCCAAGAUUUGAAAUGAAAGUUUACGAGAUAAAACUUGGAACAGUGGAUCAGAAUGAAGCUGAUGUGGAGUGGAGACUGCGACCCUACAUGAACACAUCUAAGAAAAGAAAAGCGCUAAGUAGCUAGACAGACAUGAUGUUAGGUAAUUAGAGAAGUUAUGAAACCCCAAAUUAAAUUGUUGAUUUGCGUGUA